AUGAAGUCGAUCCGGUUCUGCAUUCUAUUCUGGUGCUGGCAAGCAAUCUGCUGCCAGGGCUGUGAGUUGACCAACAUCACCAUUGCAGUAGAGAAGGAAGAGUGUCGCUUCUGCGUCAGCAUCAACACCACUUGGUGUGCAGGAUACUGCUACACGAGGGAUCUGGUGUACAAGGACCCAGUCAGACCCAACACCCAGAAAAUAUGCACCUUCAAGGAGCUGGUGUACGAGACCAUAAGACUGCCUGGCUGUGCUCACCACGCAGACUCCCUCUACACAUAUCCCGUAGCCACUGAAUGUCACUGUGGCAAGUGCGACAGCGACAGCACAGACUGCACCGUGCGAGGCCUGGGCCCCAGCUACUGCUCCUUCGGUGAAAUGGAAGAGUAA